CUGGCUGGCUGGUUAACUAUUGCAUAUUAAUUUGCAUGCGUCGAUCAUCGUGCCUACCCGAUCGAGUUGAAUUGAGUUGAAGCGGCUAGCUAGGUAGAGGAGAGGACGAUCAGAAUUAAGGAAGAUGAGAGGCGCGGUGGUGGCGGCGGCGGCGGCGGCGGUCGGCAACAUGCUUCAGGGAUGGGACAACGCCACCAUCGCCGGCGCUCUCCUCUACAUGAGGAGGGACUUGCCGGCGCUCCAAGCCCACCCCGCACUCCAGGGUCUGGUCGUCGCCACCUCCCUCAUCGGCGCCACCAUCGUCACCACCUUCUCCGGCCCGCUCUCCGACUCCCGAGGCCGACGCCCCAUGCUCAUCGCCUCCGCGCUGCUCUACUCCCUCGCCGGCCUCCUCAUGCUAUGGUCUCCCAACGUCCCCAUCCUCCUACUCGCGCGCCUUGUCGACGGCUUCGCCAUCGGCCUCGCCGUCACGCUCGUCCCCGUCUACAUCUCCGAGACGGCGCCGCCCGACACCCGCGGCCUGCUCAACACGCUGCCGCAGCUCACCGGCUCCACCGGCAUGUUCCUCUCCUACUGCAUGGUCUUCCUCAUCACGCUCGCGCCCAUCCCCAACUGGCGCCUCAUGCUCGGUGUCCUCCUCCUGCCUGCUCUCCUCUACCUCCUCCUCACCAUCUUCUUCCUGCCGGAGUCGCCGCGCUGGCUCGUCAGCAAGGGAAGGAUGAAGGAGGCCAGGACCGUGCUCCAGAUGCUCAGGGGACGCCAGGACGUGUCCGCCGAGAUGGCGCUCCUCGUCGAGGGGCUCACCACCGGACGCGACACGGCCAUCGAGGAGUACGUCGUCGGCCCAACGGACGAGGCCAAGGUCACGCUCUACGGCGGGAUGUCCUCGGGAUUGGCGCCAGGCAGCAUGUUCGGCAGCGCCGUCACGCUGGCAUCGCGACAGGGCAGCAUGCUCGACCACCUCAAGGACCCCGUCGUCGCCCUCCUCGACAGCCUCCACGACAUGAACCCCCCCGCCGGUGGCACUACUGACGUCCCCAACCUCGGCAGCAUGAUCGGCGUCCACGACAGGCCGCCCAUCGACUGGGACGAGGAGAACUCCGGGGACGACGACGGUGACAUCGCCGCGCCGCUGCUAACCAUGGAGGGCGAGGCCGCGACGAGCACGGUGGGCAUCGGCGGCGGGUGGCAGCUGGCGUGGAAGUGGACGGAGGGCGUCGCGGCGGACGGGACGAGGCAGAGCACGGUGAAGAGGAUGUACCUGCACGAGGAGCAGGCGGAGGGGGUGCACGCGGCGGCGCUGGUGAGCCAGUCGGCGUUGUGCACCAAGAAGGAGGCGGAGGCGGAGGUGGAGGGUGGGUGGCGGGAGGUGCUGGAGCCCGGCGGCGUCCGGCACGCGCUGGUGUGCGGCGUGGCGAUCCAGAUCCUGCAGCAGUUCUCGGGCAUCAGCGGCGUGCUCUUGUACACGCCGCAGAUACUGGAGCAGGCCGGCGUGGGCGUGCUGCUCUCCAGGCUGGGCCUGCGCGACGACUCCGCCUCCAUCCUCAUCAGCGGCGUCACCACGCUGCUGAUGCUGCCCAGCAUCGGCGUGGCCAUGCGGCUCAUGGACGUGUCCGGGCGGCGGAGCCUGCUCCUGUGGACGAUCCCGCUGCUGGUGGCGUCGCUGGCGGUGCUGGUGGCGGCGAGCGUGGCGCCGAUGGCGGCGGCGGCGCACGCGGCGGUGUGCACGGGGAGCGUGGUGGUGUACCUGUGCUGCUUCGUCAUGGGGUUCGGCCCCAUCCCCAACAUCCUGUGCGCCGAGAUAUUCCCCACGCGCGUGCGUGGCCUCUGCAUCGCCAUCUGCUCGCUCGCCUUCUGGCUCGCCGACAUCGCCGUCACCUACACCCUCCCCGUCAUGCUCGCCUCCCUCGGCCUCGCCGGCCUCUUCGCCAUCUACGCCGCCGUCUGCUGCGUCGCGCUCGUCUUCGUUGCGCUGCGGGUGCCCGAGACCAAGGGCCUCCCGCUCGAGGUCAUCAUCGACUUCUUCAACGUCGGAGCCAAAGGGACCCUACCAAACCUCCACGACGAUGACGACCACUAUUAAUUAACACACCAUUUAUCCAUUAAUAACAUUUGUCAUUUCUUUUUGUUUUGCACAUUUUUCUUUCUUUCUUUCUUUCUUUCUUUCUUAAAGAUAAAAAAAAUUGUUGUUACUACUAUAUAUGCCCACUAUAAUUCCUUUUUUGUCACUAUAAUUCUUGUACCAUUAAUUCAUUCAUUCAAUAUGUGUCUCUCAAUUUUGCCUCAAA